AUGUUAAAUAAUGAAUCUGAAACAUAUCAAACAAAUACGCCCCAAAACAAUAAAAUAGAAUAUAACCAAGAAAACAAUAACUACAAUAAAGAUCUUUUAAUAAAAAUGGAUCUAUCAACAUCUUUAUCAGAUAAAAAAAAAUUAAAUGACAACAAUAAUGAUUCUAUAAAUAAUAAUUUAGAUAAUAAUUUAGAUAAUAAUAGGGAUAGUAACAAUAUAGAAUAUAAUAAUAAUAUUAGAAUAGAAGUUGACAAUAUAGAUAAUAAUGAAGUUAUGGAUGAUUUAGAAAUUAAAAAAGAAGAAUUUAACUAUAGUGGCAAAACAAAUGAUGAUUUUCAAUUAACAAAAAGAUAUAUAGAAGAUUUAAAUGAUUUCGUUAAAAUUGAACCACCAUAUGUUUCGAUUGAUGAUUUUGAAGAAGAGGAACGAAAAGGUUUAUUAGACUCUCCAAAUAGUAAUACUACAACAACAACUACAACUACCACAACAACUACAAAAACAACAUCAUCAACAACCAAUGGAACUGUUACAAAUUUUUUUUCAAAGGCUGCAAAUACAUUUUCAUAUAUUAAUAAUUUUAUAAAAUACUCAAUUAUAUCAGAAGAAACUGAAGAGGCAUUAGGUCAUGUAAAUUCAUUAUUAAAUCAAUUAUUUAAAGAUGUAAAAUAUAGCAAACUUCAAAUUAUGUUAGGAUUAUCUUUAUUGGAUAGCUACUAUUCAAACUCACAUAUUACAACUGGAUCAUUUGUUCAAGAUAAAACAUUUCUAGAUAGAGCAAACUAUUAUAUGAAAUUUGCAAGUGCUACAUUUGGUUGGCAAUAUGUAUAUGGUUAUUUAUAUAGCAAAAAAGCAAAAGGUGUAGCUCAGGGUGUAGCAAAGGGUGAUAAUUUAAAUGAAAAAGUUCUUUGUGAAUAUACUGGUAUUUCAAAGGAAGAUAUUAUUCUAACAAAAUGGACAAGUACAAAUUAUGAUCCUGGUCAUUUUAUUUGUUUCGACCAUAAAAACAAAUCCGUUGUCCUAUCUAUCCGUGGUACAUUUAGUGCACGUGAUGUUUUAACAGAUUUAGUCGCAAACCAAACUCCAUUUUUAGACGGAAAGGCUCAUACUGGUAUGUUAAGAUGUGCUCAAAAAAAGUUUAGUGAACUGACUCCAAUCAUUUUAGAGAAUUUAAAGAAACAUGAAGGUUAUGGUGUAAUUAUUGUUGGUCAUAGUUUAGGUGCCGGUGUUGCCUCCCUAUUUUCAAUUCUCUUCAAAAACAACUAUCCAGAAAUACCAAUCCAUUGCUAUUCAUUUGCAACACCAUGCGUUACAUCAUCAGAAAUAGCACUCUCCAUCGAAUAUAGAUCUCUCAUUGAUACAUUCGUAUUCAAUGAUGACAUUGUACCUCUUUGCUCUAUAUUGGAACAAAAUGAUAGUGUUUUCAACUUAAUUCUUCAAACCAUUUCAGCAGGUAAUCAAUUAGGUGAUGGUUUAACUCAAAAGAUGGAAAGUUUUUUAAAAUAUAAAAGAGAUAUCAAAUUAAAAUAUGAAGAAUUAAAACUAACCGAUCAAUCAAUGUUACCACCUGGUAAAGUUUAUAGAAUUUAUAAACCUGGCGAAAGUAUCAAUUAUGUAAUGGAAGAAUCAAAUCCCUCAUUCUUUAAAGAAAUUAUUAUUUCAAAUACUUUAUUAUCAGAUCAUAUGCCUGAUAAAUAUGAAAUGGGUUUCCAACUAUGUAUUGAAAACUUAAAUUCAAUUAAUCCAUUUGCAAAUAUUGAAAAGGAUGAUAUAAUAAUUUUAAAUAAUAAUGAUGAAUUUGAAAAAGAUAUUGAAGAUCAAUUAGAUAAAGGUAUAAAAGAAUUUGAAAAAGAAUUUAAUAUGCAACAACAACAUCAAAGAGAAAAAGAAUUUGAAAAUAAAAAUCCAAAUAAAAUAACUUUAGUUACACCAAAUGAAAUAAAUGAUGAAAAAAAUUUAAAUACAACAAUACCAUUAACAACAACAAUAAACAAAGAAAAUAAUAAUAAUAAUAAUAAUAAUAAUAAUAAUAAUAAUAAUAAUAAUAAUAAUAAUAAUAAUAAUAAUAAUCAAGAAGAAAAUAACAAAGAAAGUUUUUUAGAAAAAAUUUGGAGUAAUAAUCUUUUUCAAUAAAAUAAUUUU